AAUCACCAUUAUAUCAAUGAUGGACAACCUUUUUGCUCGAGUUUAGCACAUCCGACCAUCUCAGCUAAAGUAUCCAAAAAUCCACCUUCGGCAUGUUCAGUUUCUGUCCACCCCUUGCCUUCUUAAGACGAGGUGAAGUCCCGCGGCAUCGCACAGCAGAACAGAAUCCUGUCGUCCUUCAAGACACCCACCAAAGACAGUUUUCGAUUAGCUUCAGAACGCCUAGCCCAUCGGAUGCUACAUUCUCGACACAGAUCUUUCCUCAGAAAGAUUCUCAGCACGAUUUCGAGUCAAGUUUCUACAGACCACCGCCGCAUUAUCACCUCCUUCAAGAUGAACACUUCCGUGUCGACUCUGGGGAGGGUACGUGGUAUCUUUGGGGUGGAAAGACCGUUCAAUUGAAGAAGGGUGACCGGAUUGUCGUGCCCGCUCGGAGAUGGCACACAUUCGACGUUGCUCCCGACUCGAAAGAACCACUAGCGGUAUCAUACUACUACGACAAGGAGUAUGUGGAGAUGGAAGAACGCUUCUUUAGGAAUGUUUUGUCAUACUUUGCAGACUGUCGGAGAGCUGGUGUGUCACCAUCCAUUUUCCAGAUUAUGGUUUUCUCGAUGCACAACUGGAUGCCCAUCGCAUUGCCAGUGCCAGGUCCGGAGUGCGUCAACCUUCUUUUGAACAUGAUUUUGAUGGUCUCGAUUGGGUGUGUUGGACAGUUUCUGCUUGGGUACAAAGCUUCAUAUCCUGAGUAUGAAGAUAAAGAGCAGAAGAGAGGAAAGCAUGAUUGACGACUCAAACACAUAUGAGGGAUGGCACCAGGUGCACAUACAUCAGUAAGGACAUAUUCCCAAGCCUUGCAACCCAUUGAUCUCUAGUAUAACAUAAGAUUGAUUCAAC